CGCCCCUCUGGCUCUCCUCUGCUCUACUACAUAUCCUCCUCUCCGCCGCCUCUUCUCGUCGUGGUCGUGGGUUGUGUGAAGCGCAGCGCGUGCAGAUUCACAGGCAGCUCCCGCAAUCCUCAAUCCUCCAUCGCCACCCGCUCGCUCUAUUCAAUCCGCCGGCCUGCACCUCUUCCCGUCGGCAGUCUAAUACGGCUGCACUCGUGCUGAUUGGCCCUGUCGGACUGGGAUAGAACUAGACAGCGUAGCCGGAAGGCUGUUGAUCGUGCUCCCUGCAUCGCGAAAGUCAUUUCAUCGUCGGCUAGUACAAAUCAAAUUACCUGCAGCUCGACGGGCAAUCCUCUACCAAAAGCGACUUCACCUGUGCGCGCUUCUCCUGUACGCUGUCUGCCAGCCAGAACGCACGCGGCACAGCUGCACCAUCCUCCACCAUCACCAUCCACCACCACCACCACCACCCCCUUCGCCGCCGUCGCCAGCACCACCGCCCUCCGCGCGGCCUGAGCACAAACGUGCCACCACGACGCCGCUGCUGCACUCGCUCCCAGCCGGUCGCUGCACCUCCUUCCGAUCGACCUGCGACCACUUCCGACCCGGCUACGCUGUCUCCGUAAAAGAAGCGGACAGCGAACCGCCCCAUUGCGCGCCGCCAUUCACUGCCAUUGUCAACGCUACCUGCUGGGAAGCUCGCACACUACUGCGCCUGCAGGUCCCCGUAAAGGCGCACUGCUCCGAGACACAUCUCUGCACACUGUCUGCGCUCUCGCCUCUCCGGACGGCUACCACUCGCGCCACACCGCCGAAUCCGUAUACAUCAUAGCGCAACGGUGUUGCGCACUCCACCGCCAGGAUGGGUUGCGGACAGAGCUCAGAGUUCAAGGAGGGCAAGCAACGAAAUGAGGAAAUCGAGAACCAGCUGAAGCGGGACAAGAUGAACCUACGGAACGAGAUCAAGAUGCUGCUUCUCGGUGCUGGUGAAUCAGGGAAAUCGACCAUCCUCAAGCAGAUGAAGCUCAUACACGAGGGCGGCUACUCAAGAGAUGAACGAGAAAGCUUCCGGGAGAUCAUCUUCUCCAACACGGUGCAAAGCAUGCGUGUGAUACUGGAAGCCAUGGAAAGCUUGGAGCUACCGCUGGACGAUCAACGAGCCGAAUAUCAUGUACAGACCAUCUUCAUGCAACCCGCGCAAAUCGAAGGUGAUGUGCUUCCUCCGGAAGUCGGCCAUGCCAUCAAGACUCUAUGGGCUGAUGCGGGUGUACAAGCGGCCUUUCAGCGGAGUCGAGAGUACCAGCUGAAUGACUCUGCAAAGUACUAUUUCGACUCCAUCGACACGAUUGCUUCUCCGACAUACAUUCCCUCAGAUCAGGACGUGUUGCGCUCGCGUGUCAAGACGACGGGUAUUACGGAAACGACCUUCAUCAUCGGCGACCUGACAUAUCGCAUGUUCGAUGUCGGAGGGCAGAGAUCGGAGCGAAAGAAGUGGAUACAUUGCUUCGAGAACGUGACGACGAUUCUCUUCUUGGUGGCAAUAUCAGAAUACGAUCAGCUCUUGUUCGAGGACGAGACCGUGAACCGCAUGCAGGAAGCGCUGACGCUCUUCGACUCUAUCUGCAACAGCAGGUGGUUCACGAAAACCAGUAUCAUCCUGUUCCUGAACAAGAUUGAUCGUUUCAAGGAGAAGCUACCCGUGUCACCCAUGAAGAACUACUUUCCCGACUACGAGGGCGGGCAAGACUACGGAGCAGCAUGUGAUUACAUUCUCAACAGAUUCGUCUCGCUCAAUCAACAUCCCACCAAGCAAAUCUACACCCAUUUCACCUGCGCGACAGACACCAUGCAGAUAAAAUUUGUCAUGGCCGCAGUGAACGACAUCAUCAUUCAGGAGAACUUGCGCAUGUGCGGACUGAUAUAGACAGCCGUUCCAAUGUGUACAUUCGUAGCCUGGAGUCGUCGUCAUUGGCGUUAUUGCAGCGAUACGGAAUGCGUGAUCUGCAACAGUAUACGCAUCCCACGCUUCGAGGUGGCGCUUUGUUUGUAUCAAUGCCUUACUACGGACAUGGCAAAAGCGCAACUUCCCAUGGUUACCGCUGGACCGGGAGGCAUUUUUGAGAUUACCAAUGGGAUGGCCGUGGAUCACGCGGUAUGACACGAUAACACACACCCACACCACAACCUGGCUGGACCGUAUCCUGCAUACCACCACCGCCACCACCACCACCCCACCACCAACAACAACAAUAUAAUUAUCAUCACCACCACCACUAAAUACGACUGUCAAUGUCAGUCAUAGUAGUUUUCUCAUUGACAUAUCUAACUGCGACCCGAAGGAGAUUCUGGAAGUGCCCGUCAGGUCCGCUGAUCUGAUUGAGAGGACACUGUGACGGGAAAGGGAGCGCCAUGUAUUGCUUCGUGUGGCCGAUCAGCGUGUGUUCGAGAUUAGACCCCCUGAGCGUGUUUUUCUUCCUUUUUAUGUAUUCAAUGCGGGUGGUGACGAGUGAGAAGUAGCUUCCAUCUAUCAAC